CGUCACGGGCUUCAAAGUCGCUUGGGUCGCGGACGCCGGGGGCUUUGGGGUCGUUCCCGCCGCGGCGUGAUGUUGCGUCAGGGCCGCUGCCUCGGGCAUUCCUGUCCCGCCAGCGGGGACCGGACUUCACGGCGGCCGGGGAGGCCGCACCGGAGCCCCUGCCCGGUUAGGACGGCGGGGGUGUGUUUGGCCCGUCCCUGAGCCGCUUCCUCCUGCAGGUGAUCGCCCACAGCCAGUAUCAGAAGGCCCAGAGGAUCUCCAUCUUCCUGAGCAUGCCCGACGAGAUCGAGACCGACGAGAUCAUCAAGGACAUUUUCCGCCGCGGCAAGACCUGCUUUAUCCCCCGGUACCGGUUCCAGAGCAGACACAUGGACAUGGUGCGGUUAGCGUCGCCCGAGGAGAUCGCUUCGCUCCCCAAAACAUCCUGGAAUAUCCCUCAGCCUGGCGAGGACGAGGCUCGGGAGGAGGCCUUGGCCACAGGCGGCCUGGACCUCAUCUUCAUGCCCGGCCUCGGGUUCGACCGGCACGGCCACCGGCUGGGCCGGGGCCGCGGCUACUACGACGCCUACCUGAGCCGCUGCGAGCAGCACCAGCGGGCGAAGCCCUACACGCUGGCCCUGGCGUUCAGGGAGCAGAUCUGCGCCCAGGUCCCCGUGGACGAGCAUGACGUGAAGGUGGACGAGGUCCUCUACGAAGACGCCCCCUGAGCCCCGCCCCGCAGCCCGAGAGGGGGGCACGGGGGACAGGCGUGUCCCGCCGGGGGCCCGUCAGCACCGCACCCCACCGGGAGCCCGGGCUGCACCGCGGCGAUCAUUAUAAGAUACCUGUCCCCAGACCACCUUUAAAAACGGAUAGAGCUGCCCUGGCCGGUGUGGCUCAGUGGGUAGAGCGUCGGCCUGCCGACCGAAGGGUCCCAGGUUCGAUUCCCAGGUUUCG